GUUUUGCUUGUUUUUUUAAAAGUAAAGCAAAGAAUGCUUGCCGGUUUUGUUUCUAAUACCAAAACAGCUUGUCGUUUCUUCAAUCCACAGUUACUUGAGACUGAUUGACCAAAACGGAAAGACGUUCUUUAGUGCUACACCGACACGGCGUGAAGUUUAAAGCUGCAAAGACAUUUCGAAAUCAAGCUCAGUUAAAACGGCGUGAAGUUCGAAGCUACGUUUCCCAUAGCCCUUCUGCUCGGAGACGACGGAGAGAGUGAUUCUUCCUGCGAAUCUUCCUCUCCAUUUUCUCGGUAACCAAUCAAGCCUCCACGCAGAGAAAUUAUCAAAUUCCGAAGCUUCUUCGCAGAUUAUCAAUUUGAUCGACGAGGAAUUCUAAAGAUCGAGACCGGUGAAACCCUAAGAUGUGUCUCUAGUGGAAGGAAAAAAAGAAAGAAAAACAAUGGGGAAACAUUCCCCGAGUGUCUGGAUCACAAUGCAGAAGAAGAGAUGGCCACUGAUGAUUCUGUUGUUCUUGUCGGUAACAACAGCAGGUGUGAUUCUUGUGAGAUCUACGUUCGAUUCAUGCGGCGCUGUUGGUAAGACGAGCAGCCGAUUCGCGGCGGCAGAGGAGGGAGAUAGCAGCGGCGCGAAGAUCCGACCCGUUCCACCGCCGCUGAACCCCCUCGGUUUCAUGAAAUCGAAGCUCGUUUUGCUUGUCUCUCACGAGCUCUCGCUCUCAGGUGGACCGUUGUUGUUGAUGGAAUUGGCGUUUUUGUUGAGAGGUGUCGGAGCUGAAGUUGUUUGGAUCACUAACCAGAAACCACUUGAAGCAGAUGGAGUGAUCUAUAGUUUAGAACACAAAAUGUUGGAUCGAGGAGUGCAGGUCCUCUCAGCAAAGGGUCAGAAAGCCAUAGAUGCAGCUCUCAAGGCUGAUUUGAUUGUUCUGAAUACCGCCGUCGCUGGGAAAUGGCUCGAUGCUGUUCUCAAGGAUAAAGUUCAUAAAGUUCUUCCUAAGAUUCUCUGGUGGAUUCACGAGAUGAGAGGACAUUAUUUCAAUUCAGAUCUGGUUAAACACCUCCCGUACGUGGCAGGUGCCAUGAUAGACUCUCAUGCAACAGCUGAAUACUGGAAGAACAGGACGCAAGCUCGUCUCGGGAUUAAAAUGCCAAAAACAUAUGUGGUGCACUUGGGAAAUAGCAAGGAAUUGAUGGAAGUAGCUGAAGAUAGUGUUGCCAAAAGAGUUCUCCGUGAGCAUGUCCGAGAAUCUCUGGGAGUACGGAACGAAGACAUACUAUUUGCCGUUAUAAAUAGUGUGUCGCGUGGAAAGGGACAGGACCUUUUUCUCCGGGCUUUCCACGAAAGCCUUCAAAUAAUCAAAGAGAAGAAACUUCAAGUGCCCACGAUGCACGCAGUAAUAGUAGGAAGCGACAUGACCGCCCAGACAAAGUUCGAGACAGAACUGCGUAACUUUGUCCAAGAGAAGAAACUUCAGAACCAUGUCCACUUUGUCAACAAAACCCUAACGGUAGCUCCCUAUCUAGCAGCCAUUGACGUUCUCAUCCAGAACUCCCAAGCCAGAGGAGAAUGCUUCGGGAGAAUAACCAUAGAAGCCAUGGCAUUUCAACUACCUGUACUUGGGACUGCGGCAGGAGGGACAAUGGAGAUUGUGGUAAAUGGGACAACGGGUAUUUUACACAAUGUCGGGAAAGAAGGCGUAACGCCCCUCGCCAAAAACAUCGUGAAGUUGGCAACGCAUGUGGAGAGGCGACUAACGAUGGGGAAGAAAGGGUACGAGAGGGUGAAAGAGAUGUUCUUGGAACAUCAUAUGUCGCACAGGAUAGCUUCGGUCCUAAGAGAAGUGUCGGAAUACGCAAAAUCGCACACCCGCUGAUGAAAGAUCGAAACUUUUCAACUGGGUUUUCGUCGUUUCGCCAGGUUCGACUUCGAUCUCUGUCUUGGUUGAAUGAAACUAUGUAUCAAUGGAGAUCUGGUGGUUUGUACAAUAUUUAUAUGUAGCAAAGCAGCGUUGCUUCUUUCUCCUCCUCUCACGCUCUCAGUUUGUAGGAAAUGCAUUUCAUGGAAAAGGAGAAUGCUCUUUUA